AGCGAAAAAUUGAAGAAGAGUUUGACGACCCUACUACUACUACACACACACCCCGUGAGAAGAAAGUUGGCGGAUUCGAAAAUCCGCUCUGCCAUGCCGUACAUGGUUCGUUUAACCUAGUGACAUCGAACAUACAGCAACGGUAUCAAAGGUACAACCGGUCACCAUGGAUUGGUCGACGGGCGAUCUGGUGUGGUUCGAUCCGGGCCUCGGCCACCCGCUGCCGGGGGAGAUCCAAGAAGUGCAUCGUGCCGCUCAGAUGAUCAUCGUGCAGGCACUUAUCAACGGCAAGCCGCAAACGUUCACUCUCGGGCCGAAUGAGGGAAACAUACGCGCCCGGCAGGAUCUGGGCAAGACCGGCGUGGAGGAUAUGACCCAGCUGGAGGACCUGCACGAAGCGUCCUUGCUGUGGAAUCUGAAGCUGCGCUACGACAACGGGCUGAUCUACACGAACGCGGGCAGCAUCCUGAUCGCGAUCAAUCCGUACAAAAUGUUCCCCGAAUCGUACGGCAUCGAGAUGGCCAAGCUGUACUCGGGCCGGCCGCUGGGCACACUGCCGCCGCACCUGUUUGCGAUCGGGUCGGCCGCACACGCGGCCCUCCCGUCGCCCCAGGUGGUCGUCAUUUCGGGCGAGUCCGGCUCGGGCAAGACGGAAUCGACCAAGCUGGUCAUGCAGUACCUGGCGGCGGUCGUACCGGGCGGCGGUUCCGCCUCCACCGUCAUCACCGAGCAGAUACUGGAGGCCGCCCCACUGCUCGAGGCGUUCGGUAAUGCGCGCACCGUGCGCAACGACAACAGCUCCCGGUUCGGCAAGUACCUGGAGGUGUACUUCAAGUCCGGAGCGAUCAUCGGUGCCAAGAUCACGCAGUAUCUGCUGGAGAAGUCGCGCAUCGUCACGCAGGCGGCCGGCGAGCGGAACUACCACGUGUUCUACGAGCUGCUCGGCGGACUGGCCGAGCCGGAGCGCAUGAAGUACGGCCUGCUGGAGGCGGACAAGUACUUCUACCUGAACCAAGGCGGUUCGGACUGUGCGCCGGGCCGGAUGGACUGGGCCUCGCUGCAGAGUGCGAUGCAGGUGCUCGGUGUCACGGAGAGCGAGCGCGAGGGUAUCGUGAAAGUGCUGGCGUCGGUGCUGCACCUCGGCAACGUGUACUUCCACCGGCGCCAGCUCCGGCACGGACAGGAAGGGGUCGAGAUCGGGUCGGACGCCGAAAUCAAGUGGGCGGCCCAUUUGCUGCAGCUGCCAUCGGAGGGCAUCCUGAAGUCGCUGACCUCGCGCAUCACCGAGACGCGUUCGGAGCGGCUCUACACACCGCUCGGCAUCGAUCAGGCGCUGGAUGCCCGAGACGCACUGGCCAAGGCACUCUACUCGGGACUGUUUAACUGGCUUGUGCUGCGGAUCAACUCGAUCGUGCACCGGGGUGGCACGCACGACGCGCAACGGCUGUCGAUUCUGGACAUCUUCGGGUUCGAAGAUUUGGCCGAGAAUUCGUUCGAGCAGCUGUGCAUCAACUACGCGAACGAAAGCCUGCAGCUGUACUUUAACAAGCACGUGUUCAAGUUGGAGCAGGCGGAGUACGCGCGCGAGCGACUCGAAUGGACCAACCUGGAGUGGGAGGACAACCUGCCGGUGAUCCAUCUGCUCGCGAAGAAGCCGGUCGGCAUCUUCCACCUGCUGGACGACGAGUCUAACUUUCCGCGCGCGAACGAUUCCAGCUUUCUCGAGAAGUGCCACUACAACCACGCGCUGAACGAGCUGUACUCGAGGCCGCGGGUCGGCGCGCAAGAGUUCGGCAUCACGCACUACGCCGGCCAGGUGUGGUACUGCGUGGACGGGUUUCUCGAGAAGAACCGGGACGCGCUGCGCAUGGACGUGAUCGAGCUGCUGAGCUCCAGCACGGAGCCGCUGGUCGGCGAGAUGACCAAGCAGUUGCGCGCCCAGCGGGAUGUGGGCAAGACGCUGCCCAAGGGCUCGAACGGGCGCUUUGUCACGAUGAAACCGCGCACACCGACGGUGGCGGCGCGCUUCUCCGACUCGCUGCAGCAGCUACUGCAGUCGAUGGCCAAAUGCAACCCCUGGUUCGUGCGCUGCGUCAAGCCGAACAACGACAAGCAGGCCCUGCGCAUGGACAUGCCCUGCGUGCUGCAGCAGCUGCGCUAUCUCGGCAUGCUGGACACGAUCAAAAUCCGCCAGUCCGGGUAUCCGGUGCGCCUUCGCUUUCAGCACUUUGUCGAACGGUACCGCCAUCUGAUGAGGACGCCGCUGCCGAAGGGCACCCCGUACCGGGAGCUGUGCCGCUUCGUGCUGGACGAGCUGCCGGGCACGACGACCGAGGGGCCCGACUUCCAGCUGGGCGCAACGCGCGUAUUCUUGCGCGAAGCCCUCCACCGCACGCUGGAGGCGAGCCGGGCCGACCGGCUGCGGCUGGCGGCCGUCACGAUCCAGCGCACCGUGCGCGGCAUGCUGGCGCGCAAGAAGGUGCAGCGCGAGGUGCGCGGUGCCGUCACGAUCCAGCGCUACUGGCGCGGGUACCGCGACCGCAACCGGUACCUCACGAUCAAGAACGGCGUGGUCAAGUAUCAGGCCCUGUACAAGGGGCACAUGCAGCGCAAGCGGUACGCCAAGCUGAAGAACGAACUGAAGCGCCGCCGGGAGGCGGAACGGCUCAAGAAGGAGCGGACGGCCCAGCGGCUGGCCAAGGAGCAGGUGGAGCGCGGUUCCGCCGUACCGCUCGACAUUCCGGCCGAGUUGGCGUUCAUCUUUUCCAAGUCGGAGAACUGGUCCGGCCAGCAGAGCGAUCGCAAUCUGGUGAAGGUGGUCGGAACCGUGCCCGGGCCUCCGUCGGCGGCCGAUCUUCCGCCCGACCUGGAUCAGUUCGCGUUCGGCAAGUUCAGCUCGGUGUACUGUAACGGGGUCAAGCUGGCACCGCGCCGUGACAUCAUCAGCGCGCCGUUCCUGUCGCGGGCAGCCGCCCGCGACCAGGACUUUAAGGACGCGAUCGCCAUCUUCAAGCUGAUCAUCCGCUGGACGACGGACGCGACGAUGGAUGCGAAUCGGGAGAAGAUCCUGGCGGACUACAUCGUCCACAAGGGGCUGUCGUCGCGCGGGCUGCGGGACGAAAUACUCGUGCAGAUUUGCAACCAGGUGUACCGGGCGGACGAGGCCGCGGCCGAGAAGCUGUGGACGCUGAUGUCCCACUGUCUGUCCGCGUUCCAGCCGGGCUCGGCGUUCAGCAAGUACUUGAUCAAGUUCAUCGUGGACAAUGCGCCCCCGAACACGAAGGAGCAGAUCUUGAAGAAGUUGCUGCGGAACGCUAACGCCGGCCAGACGAACCCGUGCCGGCUGUUCCCGCCGGCCUGGCUCGAGUGGCGCGCCUCGUCUCGGCUGGCAGACACGGCGCUCGGACUGAACCUGCCCGACAACAGUGUGCAGACGGUGGCGGUCGAUUCGUGGACGACGUGCGAGGAGGCGGCCGCCCUUGCCAUCUCCUCGUUCGGCAUACCGAACCUGGGCUGGACGGUGGUGAUCGACGAGUCGGACCAGAUGACGGACUCGUGCGGGCUGGACUUUGUGCUCGAUUUGGUGGCGGAGAAGGAGCUACCGCCCGCCUUCCCGGCCGUGCGAAGCGAUAUACUGCGCUGCGGCAGGAAGGGUGGUGCGCCGAGUGCCGCCCCCGGUACGCACGACUCGGCGGCCGAGCCGAGCAGCCCCAAGCGGCCGCAGGUGCCGCCGCCCGAGCCACCGUCGAUGAAGCGCAGCUCGCACGAGAUACAGCUCGUACCGGUUGCGAUCGGCAGCGGCACGAAGAAGCACGAGCCGGCCGAGUACGGUGGCGGUGGUGGUGCCGCCUCCCGCCACCACAUGGAACCCUCCAGCGCGGGCAGGAAGACGUCACACGAUGUAUCGCUGUCGCGUCAUAAGCUGCGGGAAGAGCGUGCCUUCUACGAGGACAAGAGCCGGUCGCGCUCGCUGGACGAUCUGCUGGCGGGCGAGGCGGACGACGCACUGCUGGCACCGGAUGCGGACGAGCCGGAAACUUCGCUCACGCUGACGCUGGCCGAGAACCGGAUCGGCAACAAGUACCGCUCGGUGGACACGAUCGCACCGCUCAAGGAGCAGCACCCGCGCUUCGUCAAGUCCCAGUACGCCGGCAAGCGUUCGUCCGGCUCACACUCGCUCAAGUACGCGGAGAAGUCGGAGUUUAGCGUACGCUCGUCCGCCAUGUCGGACACGAGUGAGGCACCAUCGUUGGCGAGUCACGUGCGACGCGUGCGAGUGCCGUCGCAGGCAUCCGACGUCGACCAAUUUCUGGACGAUCUGUUCAGCCCCGUGCUGGACGGAUCGCUCGACGAGCUGUCCGACGCUCGCUCCCUGGCGGCAAGCAUCCGGGGUGGAGCGCAGUUUGUGAGCGAGCUGCUCGCCACUGUCCGUACCGACCGCUCGCUGACCGACCUGGAGCAGUCGGCCGUGCUGGCAAGCGCUACGCAGGGUGGCACCACCCACCAGGCGAAGAAUGCCACCUCGAACGGGUUCACGCCGAGCGCGCCGAACCCGAUUGCGCCGCUGUCACCGCCGGUCAGCUCGUCCGGAUCGCUGCUCAUGAUGGGCUCGGUCAGCCCGGACGUGGUCAUGCCGGUGUUUACCAUCCCGCCCGGUGUGGACAGCACCGCCUACCAGCAGCAAAUGCAGCGCGCCUUCCUCCAGUCCGCGAUGGCUCAAAACAUCCAGAUCCAGCAGCAGUUGAUGGCGCAAAACCAGGCCCUGCAGACGCUGCUCACGCAGCAGGACGGGGCUGGCCCAUCCUCCUCCUCGCCGCCGGCCAACCCGGGUGCCGCCUCGCCGAAGCAUGGCGGCGCCACCGGCUCGCCCACCUCUGUGCAACAUUCGCCCAUUCGCAAGAUGAGCGCCAAGGCCGGCGGCCGCAACGAUUCGAUCGACCGCCCGAUCGGUCCGCCCGCCACAUCCACCUCCUUCUCGGACAUGCUGCGAAACCGCAAAGACUCGUCCUCGUCCAAUCUGAUACCACCGCCACCACCGCCACCGCUCCCACCACCGCUCGAGCUGAAAGAUCCGUUCGAGGUGCGCCCCUUCCUCGAUCCGUACGGGCGGGCGAAAACCGUGCGCAUCGGCAAAUGGCGCUGGCCACCGCCGCAAGGCGUCACCGCCAGCACCGAAACGGAGGAAACGUUCAUCCAGUUCAAGAUGACGCGCCAGAGCAAUCGCAAAACGACGCCGCAGUCGCAGCACAGCAGCAGCAACCUCGACUCCCCGAUCGGCUCCCCGAACGGGGUCGAGUGGGAGGAGUUCGAGAUCGACCAGAAGCUGCAGGAGCAGGCGGCACGCGAGGCCGAUGCGGGCGGCAAGGGUGCGGGAGGCGGCGGCCAACAGCCGGGCGGUGCGGCACGGACGGCCAAGCGCAGCUUCGACAUCGGGGCCGAUCGCCCCGCCCCGAACAGUGUCGGCAAGCUGAAGCUGAGCAACGAGAUGCGCCAGCGGCUGGAGCAGGUGACCGCGGGCCACUCGGUCCGCUCGUCCAGUGCCAAAUCGGACCGGCCCGAGCGCACGCCGGCCAAGCUGGAGGACACGCGGCGCAUGAUGCUGGAGCAGCAGCUCGGCGGCAUGAACCCGCCCGGUGGUGCCAAGUCGCCCGGUGGCGAUGCGGUGCCGUCGGUCAAGACGCAGGUGCAGCGGAUGGAGGCAAGCAAAAAGGGUGCCCCAGCAACGGCCUGGCCCACGGUUUUGCCACCAGCACCACCCGGGCCGGCACCGCCACCACCGAUCAGACCGCCGACGUCUACUCCACCGGCUCCGCCACCACCGAUCCACGGCAACAUGAUGGCCGCCCAGAACGCGCACCAGCAGAACCAGUCGGAGAUUCCGUCGUUUGUGCAGCGCCAGGAGCGGGACACGUUCGGUGCCAAGGAUAGCUUCAUGGACUCGUGGGGUCGUGCCGAGGCAGCCAAGCUGGAUCUGGUCUACGAAACAAGUUUCAAGAAGGAAAUGAUUAUCGAACGCGAGCGAUCCCGGUCAAGAUCACGUUCUCGUGAUCGGGAGAACUUCUCCGAAUCGGUCUGGGAUCGCUCGGAAGUCGAAGGUCCGUCGUCCACAUCGAGCGAUCCGCGCGAUCGCGAUCGUGGCGACAAGGAGCGGGAGGCCCGUGAGCGCAACUACGAGCUGACCCAGCUGCAGCGCGAGAAGGAAAGCAACAAUGUGUUCCAUCCGUCGUCCUACACGAAGGACAAGCAGCAGCAGCACCACCACCAGCAGCAGCACCACCAACAACACCACCAACAACACCAGCAGCAGCAGCAACAACAGUCGCAAUACCAGCAUCAGUACCAGCAGCAGCAGAAACAAUACUCCGCGAACGCGCCGGGCUCGGGCAUUGCCACCUUCAAGACGCACAUGGUGCAGAAAAGUGUCCAGGAGCGGGAGCGUAAAUCGUCGGCCGCCACCACGAACGGUUCGGUGUACAGCGAGAAGCUGGACGAUGGGGCGAUGGCUGAUCCGCCCGCACCCGUCCUGCCGGUGCAGAUGAACCCGUCGCUGAAGGCGCCGGCGGCCGCCUGUCUGACGUACAACCGCGUCACCUGGACGCUGCGCGUCCGCAAGGAGGUGUUCCGGCCGAGUGAAACGGUGACGGCACCGGCCGCACUCGAUCUGCUGUUCAACCAGAUCACGGCCGACGUAUUCGGGGUCACGCCGUGCAUGCGAAUAUCGCCGCAGGAGAAACGGCUGGCGGUCAAUCUGCUCAGCAGCCACGGCAUCACGGCAAACGGGCACAGCACCGCGAAGCAGCACGUGCGUGCCAUCGUCAAGCGCCACGUGCUCGAUAUGGCCCGAGGCUGGCCGCUGUACUUUGCGCGUCUGUUCGUGAUGAACGGAUCGCCCUCGAUCCAGGAGGGCACGCUGCUGGCCGUCUCGCAUAUGGGCGUGUAUCUGGCAAGCAAGGAGCCCGAGUUCCUUUCGAUUCAGCGCGCCAUUCCGUUCGAUGACAUACAGAGUGUUACCACGUUGCCGCGGCCGCUCACGCUGCAGCUGACGCUGAAAACUGGCGCCCGGCUGGUGAUGCACGCGUCGAAGGCGAACGCGAUCCAGGUGAUGGUACAGUCGUACCUCGCCGAGUACCGUCAGGUAAGGCUUGAUAAAUUUAUUUUAUGUUUUUGCUUCGUUUGGGGUUAUUGCUGACAGAAAAAAGGUUUGUUUGGAACGACUCUUCUGUUGUUUAUACAUACAAGUCACGAUCCACGGAAUCGGGUUACUGUGUAUUAUUUACACAAUUCGUAAGGUAAACUUUGUGAUUGCAUGUGAAUGUUUUAUUUAUUGCGUAAGUUAAUUUUUUUAUAUAUUACAUAACCUCAAAACAUCAAAACUGCUGUAUAAAAUAAAAUAAAAAAGAGCGAAACUAGUCUCGUGCAAGCACGUAACAGGAUAAUAGCGUUGGCAUCGAAUAUUUACAAACAUGUUUUACACUUGCAAGUUGAUAACAUUCGUCAAUUCUACAAUCAUUUAUAUUUUUUUAUUAAACCUGUUUUUACUUUCUUUCCCAUUAUAUUUA